AUGAAGCCUGUGCUCAGAAGACUCCCUACUAAACCUGUGGUACCCCUAUCAUUCCAUCAUAUAAAAUGUCGUGAGUCAGUUUUAAAGAAGCAGCCUAUUCAAAUCAAUCUACAUGGGUUUCUGGGUUCGAAAACAAUGUUCCACUCUUUGAAUAAAAUUGUAUCGCGGGAAAUGGCCACAGAUAUAUAUACUCUCGACUUGAGAAACCAUGGAGAUUCCCCGCAGGCACAUCCAAUGACAUAUGAGACGCUGACAAACGACCUAAUCUACUUCAUAAAGGAAAAACUGGAUGAUAAGGAAGUUAGCGAUAGAGGGGUGGAUAUUGUUGGUUUUUCGAUGGGCGCCAAAGUUGGGCUCCUGGCCGCUAUUAGGCUAGCACAAGAGAGAAUUAUUAAGCGAAUCGUAUCGAUAGAUAUGCCUCCUUAUAAGACCCCCGUUCUACCAAUGGAACUUAUCCAACAUAUGGAACUCAUUAGAAACCUGCAUAGUGGCACUAUGGAAUUAAAAGCUGGGAGCAAAAGUUGGAGAGAGGAAUGUGUCGGUUUGUUAGGUUGGUAUUUUGCAUCUGGAUUCCUCAAAGUGAAAGGCAACGCUGAACCUAGGUCGCAUAUCAAAUAUUUUUUGCCUAUCGAAGAGUUCCCUGAUAUAUUGGAGGUUUUAAAAGACUGGCCAGCAACUACACCUUCUACUCAAUGUGUGGAUACAAAAGUUUUAUUUAUGAGGGCACUCUACUCGCCAUUAUUUAACGCUGAUUAUAAGUUGUUAAACAAGAACUUCCCAAAACAUCAAGUUAAAGAAUUCAAGACGAGCCACAACCUACUUUUUGAGGAUUUUGAAAACGCAUCUACUACAAUUAUAAAUUUUUUGAAGCGUUGA